UCAAAGCUUAACGUUUAUAGCAGCCACAUAGGUUGUUUCUCAGGGUGUUGCAUUUCUAUGAUUCAUUGCUAUCGAUAUUGCGCAUUUAUUUCACUUUAAUGAAUCAUAAAUGAACGUGAAGACAUUUUAAACUUUGGAAGAACGUCACAGUUAUUAGUGUAGGUUUCCCAGAAGGAUGAACUUCAUGACGAUUACAACGAUCGUGUUAUGUUUCGUGGAAUUAGGUAAUACCUUGUUAUGUCGGUAUUGUCAUGAUGUGCUGAACUCCAUGAAUGAUAAACCAACUUGCAAAUAUGACGUAACAACAAGAUGCUCACGAGGAGACAGUUUCUGUUAUUCUGCUACAUACCUUAUUCGUAAUAGUAUACAAUAUAGACGUGGUUGCGGAUUUGAUUUGGCAGGAAAAGAAAAGGAGCCUUCUUGCCGGAAUAACUCUGUUUGUUAUUUUGUUAGACGAAAAUUUAAGGGCACAUCGUGUACGGGAACUUGUUGUCGAACAGCUAAAUGCAAUAAGGAUGUUCCCCCAUUCAAUAAACCUCGAAAGACUUUGCGUUGUUACCAAUGCAAUUAUAAUUCUGCUGUCAAAAAAUCUCCACAAAAAUGUGCAACUGUGAAAUGUCAAACUGGGUAUUGUUUUACUGAGGAAAGUGUAGAUUUCAAUAAUGUAACUUGGAUUGUUAAGGGAUGUGACUUCAACGAAAGAUAUUGUCCAAAUGCUACAGUAGCAUGUGGAAGAUUAUCGAAAAAGUUCUUUCUCAAGAAAUGUUCUGGUAAAUGUUGUAGUACUGAUCUUUGUAACACCGGAGUUACAUCGCUUACAAACGUUUUUCUAUUCCUCCUAAUUGUUAUUUUGAAUUUUUUGUUUUAUACAAUUGACAACCAGUAAUGCUUGUAUUUCGUUUCGUGCUUUUUUGAUGAAGUAAACAUUUACAAAUUGUCAA